UCGUGGAGCUAUAAAAGCUGCGCCCCAAACCCAAAUGGUCAACAGUCAACAUCUGGACAUUUGGCAAGAUGCAACUGAAUCUGAAUCUGAAAUAUUUCAUUGGUCUGCUGCUGGUGCUGCUCUGCAGCUCUUUCGCGGUGGCCUAUCCCCAGGGUCCUGGCUGUGGCCCGCCACCAAGUGGCACCCCUCCGCCGGGCCCCCGACCAUCUGGUCCUCCUCCUGGAGGUCGUUGCGGACCACCACCAUCGACCACGGCUGCGUCCACCGGCUAGAUGUGUCCACCUCUGCGGCUCCCGACUCCAAAUCCCAGCAUAAGGCUCACUGAAACGUCACCUAGAAAAUCCUUAACCCCUUAAGUGUCUUUUUUUUUGUCAAUCAAAUUAGCUGAGAAAUUAUAUGUAUGUGUGCAUAAUAGCUGCAUUUUUCGUCAAUCAAAUUAAAUGGAAAAUUAUAUGAAUGAA